AUGGGGGGUAGAGAGAAGGAAGGAAGGGAGGGAUGAAAGAAGAAGGGAUGAGAGAAAGGGGGGAUAGAAGAGGAGGCAGGGACCGGAGGGCUGAAGGCGACGGCGGAGCGGAGGUUUCCAGCAGGCGCCGCAGGAGGCCGAGGCACAGAUGGGCCCAGUCUCUGCCCAACCCGGAGGGAGGAGCCAGCGGAGGGAACAGGCCAGACCUGCCAGAGGACCUGCACCCAGGACCGCGACUGCUCAGGCCGCAGGCAGUGCCUGUGCGAUGGGGCCUGCGGGCUGAGCUGUGUGAUACCCGGCCGGACCUGCCCAUGGCCCGUGCAGAUUGAUAACGCCGAGACGCGUUUGGCCCAGGCUUCCCGUGGCUUCGGGGCCCUCAUGGAGGUGACCUGCCAGCCGGGCUUCAGGCUGUCCAAAGGGGAGGGAGUGGCGCUGAGCCGAUGCCAAGGGGACAGGAAGUGGAGUCUGACGGCACCCUGCGAACGGGAUCUGACCCCGGCGUCCUUCUGCAGCCCCCCGCCAGAGACCGACAAUGGCUUUUACAGCGGCGCCUCCUACAGGGCAGGCGGGGAGGUGCGGUACAAAUGCAAGCGCGGGUACCGGCUGGAGGGCCCAGAGACCAUCCGAUGCCAGGAGAACCAGGAGUGGUCUGGGCCUGCCCCGACCUGCCACCGGCCUGUCCGUGACCUCCUCUCUCCCCCAGCCGUGUUCUGCCCGCCCCCCGGGGACAUCGCUGAGGGCUACCUGGUGGCGGUGGAGAAGCCUCAGUACCGGGCCGGGGAGCUGGUCUAUUACCUCUGCAAGCGUAGCUACCUGCUGGACGGCACCAACCGGGUCACCUGCCGGGGCAACGGCACCUGGUCGCCCCGGCCCUUCUGCAGAGCGCGCUGCCUGGUGCCGGCCCAGCGGAGCCGUGUGCUCUACCAGGGCCGCAAGCUCUGGAUCCAGGAGAUCCCACAAGGGCAGGUCCAGCACGGGGAGAUCGUCACCUUCUACUGCCGGAGCCAGAACCAGACGCAGACCCAGAGCUGCAGCUACCAGGCCCCUGCGCGCUGCUUCGAUGGCCUGCUGCCCCUGCCGGCCUGCUACGACGAGCCCACGUGGCUGCAGUACCAGUUCUUCCCCAAGCGGGUGGUGUCCGAGAUCCGCCCCUGCUGA